AUGCUUCGAACACGUUUUGGCAUCGAUGCAGCCCGUUACCAGCGGCUCACAGGCAUUCUAACGAUGGGUUGGUCUAUCAAGGCCUUCACCGCCGUGAUAUGCGAUACAUUCGCCUUCCUCGGUUACACAAAGCGCUGGUACAUGUUUGUCUCGUGCGUGGUGGGCAGUGUCUUCGCGCUGUUCUACGGCCUGCUGCCCGCCAAGCCGUCGUCUGGUAACAUUGCUGCCGCUUUUGUCUUCCUGAGUUCUUAUGGCAAGGCCAAUGUGGACGUUCUAUCUGAAGGCUAUUACAGCCGUCUUAUGCGUAAGAUCCCCAAGGCUGGACCGGCACUGGUGAGCUGGAUUUGGUGGUUCAUUAUCUUAGGGGCUCUUCUGGCGUCUGUUCUCCAGGGCCCGCUAUCGGAUCUUAAUAUGCCGCAAGUCGGUGUGUUCAUCUCCGCUGGACUACAGUUCCUUACAUCUUUGAUCUACCUUUUCAACCUGUACGGCGAGAAGACGAACCGUGAUGAGCGCAUUGAGGAUGCACGUAUUAUGCACAAGGCACUACUCCUGGAGCUUCAGAAGGGGAAAGCCCUAAGCCGCACGGAGGGGAGGGAAGGCAGUCUCGAUGUGGAUCAGGGAAAGGCUCUACAGCUGGAGCCGAUCGACGACGGUGAGACAGUGGCGUUGGCUGACGAUCUGCCCCUGAACUUUACCCACACAAACCAGCAGCAGGCGCAAAAGCCGAUGGAACUCGGAGGCGGAUACCAGGACGAUGCGAGCCCAGAAUUUCUGUUGCCGCAGCCGAUCAUCGGUUGCUGUGGACUUAUCGAGAUCAACAAGGAGGUUGUCAUGCGGAACAAGCGUAUUGUUGCAUACAGUGCUGUCAUGACCGCUGCGGUUAUAACUAUGACUUUUGGUAAUAUCCUCGCAAAUACGCUAGGGUUGCUUAUUAUUUGCGUAGUGGUGUCGCUGGUGUGCUCUGUGAUGUCUUUCUGGGCAUUGCCACUCAUUAUUGCUAAGGCUAACGUCAUGGCUUAUCUUAAUAUGAUGCUCUACAUACAGCUACCAGGUCUCCUGGACAGCUUCUACCUCGCUAAAGAAGAUUGCCUUCCUGACGGGCCGCACUUCUCAAAUACUUUCUAUAAUACUAUUGCUGUUGGUAUCAUCGGCAACCUUGCUGGUUUAGUCGGUAUCACGGCGUUUAGAUAUAUUUUCUUGAGGUGCAGCUAUCGUCUAUCCUUAGUUGUAACUACGCUUUUAUGGAUGUCUGCCUCCAUCUUCGACAUUAUCAUGCUCAAGCGUUGGAAUAUAAAGAUCGGCAUUCCCGACCACGCCAUGUAUGUUUGUGGUGACGCCAUCAUUGGACAAAUGUGUUACAUGCUUUCAUGGAUGCCGAUGACAAUACUGCUGUCACGUCUGUGCCCGCGCGGCUCCGAGAGCACGGUGUAUGCGCUGCUGGCCGGCUUCUCCAACCUCGGUCAGGCCACCAGCACGUCGAUAGGUGCCAUCCUGAUGGAGUAUGUGUGGCCCAUCAAAAGUAAUCCGCCGUGCGACUUCACGAACGCCGUGAAACUCGUCAUUGUUGGUCACAUCCUCUUGCCGCUCCUGAUCAUCCCGCUGACCCUGUUGCUGCCAAACGUCCGUGUGUCUGACGAUAUCGACAUCGAUGGCAACGUGAUAUCGAAAACGACACAAGAAGAGCCCCAUGUGAAGCCUGGCAAGGACAGCAACAAGGCCCACUGA